AAAAAGUUAACCGCAGCUUUAUAUUAAUCCAAUUUUAAGUUGUUUAAAGCCAAUUUAGAGUUCCCUGACGUCAUUAAAAUAAAUCACUUACUGGGUAAUAUCAACAAACCACGCAGUUGCCAAUAACGAGAGCGAAUAAUGAAACUAUUGUGCAAACAAGAUGUCUAUUGUUUUGAUAUAACGAACAAUUAUAUUGUGUCAGAUAUGUCUAAGUAAGCGAAAAUUGUAAAAGUGAACAAAACAUGAUAUUAUAUAUAAAUACUUGUAGCGAGAAUUGUUAGUUACUUAGACAAAAGUCUUUAAGACAUCUCAAUUUUAGUCAUCUUGUAAUCUUGUUUAAAUAAAGUUUUACUCUUUUUUAGAAAUAAACUUUAACUUUAAACGAAAAUAAUUGCGUUUACUGGUAUUACGUUUAGUAGAACCUAGGAUAAACUUAGCCGCCGGUAUGCGCGUACUAAUCACAGCGAUGACUGCCUAUGGCCAGACUCUUGUUAUUAAGUGUACUUAAUACUAUAACUAUCUAUGACUAUAACUCACUUAAUGCUCACUUAUUUAGAAGUCUACAAUUAAAGAAAGAUCGGAACUUGUGUUUCGCACUUUGACGUUUUAAACUUUUGAAUCAACGAUCAAAAUUCGCGCCAGCCGGAAUGGGCCGAAUGCUUCCGAGGAUUCCACAAUUUUUGGGAUAAUUAUUCCUGAGCAGACUAUUAUAAAGCAUUUUAAAAAAAUGCAUUUCUGUAAAAUUGAUAAUUUUUAAGUAUGAAUCAACCAUGGCAGUAUUUUGUUAUUUGUUGUCUUGCAUUUUUGUGUUACUCAGUUACAAUAAAUGGAAACUUUGUUUUUGAUGAUACAGAGGCUAUAGUUAAAAAUAAGGAUAUUUUGCCAACAACUUCUCUAAUAAAUAUGUUUAGAAAUGAUUUUUGGGGUAAUGACAUUAAGUUAAAUGCAAGCCAUAAGUCUUACAGACCACUAACAGUACUUACAUUUAGAUUAGAUUAUUUUCUAGGCUCAGGAUUGAAUUCAGUACAAUUUCAUGUAACAAAUACUCUUUUAUAUUGUAUUCUAUGUUGUCUCUCUCUACCUCUUUAUCAAGUCAUUUUAGAAAAAAAUUUAGAUGCACACUAUGCAUUUUUAUCUAGUAUUUUAUUUACUUUACAUCCUUUACAUACUGAAACAGUGGCAGGUCUAGUUGGAAGAGCAGAUAUUUUGUCUGCAAUUUUAUUUGUAUUUGGUCUUUUACUAUACAGUAAAGCUCUGAAACAAAAAUUUCUACUGUAUUUUUCACUUUCUAUAAUUGCUAUUGGAACUGCAGUGUUUUGUAAAGAAACAGCUAUCACUGGUUUUGGAGUUUGUGGUGUAUUUGAUUUUUUGACAAAGAAGCCAUUAAAAAAUAGGAAAUCUUUAAAAUUGUAUUGCUAUAGAAUAGGGUGUUUAAUUGGUUUCCUAAUUAUUAUAAUGUACUACAGAUUAAAAGUAAUGAAUUUUGAAAGACCAAUUUUUGCAAUUGGAGAUAAUCCCACAGCAUUUUCUAGCAACACAUGGACUAAAAUUUUAACCUUUAACUAUAUAUAUUUCUUAAAUUUUAUUUUGCUUCUGUGGCCCCAUUGGCUAUGCUUUGAUUGGUCAAUGGGCUGUAUUCCAUUAAUUGAAAAAUACUGUGAUGGUAGAAUAAUCUUGGUUAUUACAUUUUGGAUAUUCAUAAUUUAUUCCUGCUAUAAAUUAUUUUAUAAAGUAUAUUCUGAGAAGUUAAAGAAUAUCAAACAUAUACUUAUGGGAGUGUGUUUACUUAUUUUGCCAUUUUUACCUGCUUCAAACAUAUUUUUUAAAGUUGGUUUUGUUAUUGCCGAAAGGAUCUUAUUGUUACCUAGUUUAGGACAUUGUCUUUUAAUUAUUAUUGGCUUUUACAAAAUACAAAACCAUUUUAAGAGUAUAAGAAAACAGAUUCUAAUUUAUUUAUGGUUUCUAUACAUACUUUUCGCAAUUCGUACUUUUCAAAGAAACACAGAGUGGUUGAAUGAAGAAAAAUUAUUUACAUCAGCACUAAAUGUUUGUCCAUUAAAUGCUAAGGUACAUUAUAAUGUUGGUAAAAUAUUUGCUGAUAAAAACAACAGUAAACUAGCUAAAGAAAAAUAUAGAAAAGCAAUUGAAUUAAAUCCAUUUUAUGAGCAGGCUAUGAACAAUCUUGCAAAUCUGUUACGAGAAGAAAAUGAAUUUUUGGAAGCGGCAUCUUUAUUAAAAAAAGCUGUGGAAAUUAGGCCAAACUUUGCAGCAGCAUGGAUGAAUUUGGGAAUUGUUCUUAGUAAUUUAAAUGAAACAGUAGAAGCUGAAAACUGCUACUUAACUGCAAUUCGACAUAGAAAAAGGUAUCCUGAUUGUUACUACAAUUUAGGAAAUUUGUAUUUGGAUUUGAAUCGUUAUGAAGAAGCUCUUAAAUCGUGGGAAAUGGCUGUGUCUUUCAAGCCAACACAUAAAGCAGCGUGGAGCAAUAUGCUUGUUCUUUUGAACACUUUGGAAAGAUUCGAUGAAGCCAUAAAGUAUAGUACUAUCGCUCUAAUACAUAAUCCGAACGUAGCAUCUUUAUAUUUCAAUACAGCCAAUACAUUAGGAAAAUUAAAGAAGUUUAAUGAAGCUAAAGCUCAUUUUUUAAAAGCUAUUGAGUUAGAUCCAAAUAAUGCCCUUUAUUACUCUAAUUUGGGAGUAUUAUAUCAUCAAUGGAAUAGAUUGUUGGAUGCAGAAAAAAUGUAUAAAAAGGCGUUGGAACUUAAUUCUAAAAUGGAAGGCACUGCCGUUAAUUUGAAAAAAUUAAGAAUGAAAAUGAACAUUCUGAACGAAAAUUAGUGUUAAUAAUUUGUUAAAUCGACAAUAAACAUUAGAAAAUAAAUAAAAACACGAAUAUGAAGCUUU